GUUUGUUGCUAGCAACCAGCCUGCGGUCUGGAGGUGGUGCGGAGGGAGCCGCCUAGGUGCCGGGGACUCCUGCCAUGAAUCCGCCGGGGUCCCUAGCGGGCCUGGACCCGAACCUGGACGAGCACUUGUCCACCCAGAUUCUCGCGCCCUCGGUCCACUCCGACAACCCUCAGGAGCGCAUCCAGGCCCGGCGCCUCCGCAUCGCGGCGCGCCUAGAAGCCCGGAGGCGGGAAGCACUUGGAGAAUAUUUAGAUGGGAAGAAGGAGAGUGAGGAGGAUCAAAGCAAGAGCUACAAACAGAAAGAAGAAAGCCGAUUGAAAUUGGCUAAACUUCUGCUCUGUGGCACUGAGUUGGUGACAAAUAUCCAGGUGGCUAUAGAUAUCAGAGAGAUUCACAGGAGAGUCGAAGAAGAGGAGAUAAAGCGUCAGAGGAUUGAGAAGCUGGAGAAUGAAGUUAAGACCAGCCAGGACAAAUUUGACGAAAUCACCUCAAAGUGGGAAGAGGGCAAGCAGAAGAGAAUUCCCCAAGAGCUGUGGGAAAUGCUCAAUACCCAACAGCUGCACUGUGCUGGCCUCUUAGAAGAUAAGAACAAGCUCAUCAGCGAGUUACAGCAGGAGUUAAAAACAAAGGAUGACCAGUAUGUGAAGGAUUUGAAGAAACAGUCAGAUGACAUCUGCCUGCUUCUGGAGCGGAUGGAAGAACAGGUGAAGAACGUGAUGAAAACCUUUCGUGAGGAGCUCUAUAACAUCGAGAAAGCAUUUGAGGUGGAACGCCAAGAGCUACUGGCCAGUAAUAAGAAGAAAUGGGAGCGGGCCCUUCAGGCUCAUAAUGCCAAAGAGCUGGAAUAUCUUACCAACCGCAUGAAAAAAGUGGAGGACUAUGAGAAGCAGCUGAACAGGCAGAGGAUCUGGGAUUGUGAAGAAUACAACACGAUCAAGAUCAAGCUGGAGCAGGAUGUGCAGAUUCUUGAGCAGCAGCUUCAGCAGAGGAAAGCAAUUUAUCAACUAAACCAAGAGAAAUUAGAGUACAACUUGCAGGUGCUGAAGAAGAGAGAUGAAGAAAGCACAGUGAUUAAAUCCCAGCAGAAGAGGAAGAUCAAUCGCCUGCAUGAUAUACUUAACAAUCUGAGAUCAAAAUAUGCCAAGCAAAUAAAGCAGUUUCAGGAGGAGAACCAGUCUCUAACCUUGGACUACAAACGUCUUGUGUUGCAAUUCAAGGAGCUACAGAAAGCCAUGCGGCAUUUUGCUCUUAUUGAUGAUGAGAAGUUUCGGGAGAUUUGGCUGAUGAAUGAAGAGGAGGCAAAGGAUCUAAUAGCCAGAGCCUUUGAUGUGGACAGGAUCAUCCACACCCAUCAUCUGGGGCUUCCCUGGACAGCACCUGAUUUCUGGUUCCUGAAGAAUGUUGGGCCUAUUUCUCAGCAGCCCCAGAAGUCCGCCACACAGAUAGUAGAAGAAAUGCUCAUGCACACAGAAGAGGAGGAGGCAGAAGAGGCCGCCUCGGAACCAGAGUCCUACCUGGACCUGCCGAAGCAAAUUUCUGAAAAAACUACCAAGAAGAUCCUGAUGCUCCUGUGUGACGAGUCGGGGUUCCUCAUAGAGAGCAAGCUGCUGAGCCUUCUCCUGCCCCUGGAGCAGAAUGAAUGCUAUCUGUUGAGGCUGGACGCCAUCUUCUCCGCCCUUGGAAUUGAAAGUGAAGAUGACUUGUAUAAACUGGUGAACUUCUUCCUUAAAUAUCGAGCUCACCGUUUAUCUUCCAGUCUCCAGAUCAAGUCCUGCAGUCAGGCGAGCAUGGAGAAGGCGAGCAUGGAGGAGACAAGCAUGGGGUCAGAAUUGGAGCUGGCAGAGCAGACGGAGAUGGAGGGAGCAAAGGAAGAAAGCCUGGUGGAAGGGGAGAAGGAGGAAGAGGAGGAGACCCCACCCUCCCCCUGGGACAUCCACCCCAAUGAUGUCCUCAAGAUUCUGGAGGCCUUUGUCAUGGGUCUGAAAAAGCCUAGACAUGCAUUGAAGGCUGCCAUGUGUAAGCACUGUGGGGACACUGCCUUGUGAUCAGAGCAAUGGUCAAAGCACAUUCAAGGUGCACCGUUGUUCAGAGGAGGAAAUGGCCAUUUCCAUUUGGCACGUCAGAGAGGGUUUUGGGAGGAAAUGGCACCGGAACUGGGUGUUCCCAGGCAGAUAAAAUGGAGGUAAGGGCAUUUCAGGAAAUGGCAGCAUGGGGAAGGUCAGGUCUGUUCAAGAAUCAUCACAGGAGGUGUGGCUGGUGGGUCAAGGGCCUGGGAGGUGGCACUGGUGGGUGGGGAGCCAGCCAGGUGUUGGAGAGCCUUGCCCAAUGUGCCCAAGAUCUUUGUCUUUACCCAUUGGUGGUGGGAGCCAGAAAAGGAUUUGAAGCAGCUGAAGAGCCAUGAUUAGCCUUGUAUUUUAGAGAGAUCAUUGUGGCGGCAGGGAAGGGGCGAAGCCAGAUACAGGGAGAGCAUCAGGAGGCUUGUCCAGGUGGGAGGUGGGGAUCCUCCAGAUAAAGGCUGUCAUGGCAGGAUGGAGAGGCCAUGACUGAAUUCCAGUACUGUUUUGGAUGCGCUGGUGCAAGAGACGGGCACAGCGAUGAGCUGUAAAGCAGUGAGGUAAACUGACUGGGAGAGAGAGGGGUGGAUGAAGCACUGAUCAUGCCCUCACGAAGGUACCGGUGGUACCGAGGCAGGAACGCUGACGAUAAGCAUGUGUCCUUUCUGAGAACCUGCCACCAUCUAAUAAACUGUGUCCUUUCUGAGAACCUGCCACCAUCUAAUAAACUGUGUCCUUUCUGAGAACCUGC